AUGACCGGAACAACAACCCUUGCCGAAUUUUAUGUCGAGUAUCCAAAGGUCAGGGACGCAGUUAUUGACCAUGCGGCUUUCUAUGACCUCCCCGAAACCCAAAAGGCUUGGUUCAAGCUGAAUCUGGAACGUAACCCAGUCGGAGGCAAAUGCAACCGCGGCAUGACCGUGCUUGACUCCGUGUAG